CUUCUUUUGAGCCGCAACGCCCACUCGCAGGACGAAAGCUCGCGCGGUACACCACAGGCGACAACUCCGCCGUAUUCCAAUCUCACGAACCAUUUUUAGUGAGACGUCCAAGUGUACAUUCUAAUUUUUGAAGAAAUAUCCACGUGCCUAUAGGCGCGAUCUGAUCUAUCAUCAUGAAGCUCGUUCGAUUCCUUAUGAAAUGCGCGAAUGAGACGGUGACGAUUGAGCUCAAGAACGGCACCAUCCUCCAUGGCACAAUCACCUCCGUCUCUCCGCAGAUGAACACCGCUCUGCGAACGGUCAAGAUGACCCCCAAGGGCCGCGACCCCAUCUCUCUGGACACCAUCAACAUCCGAGGCUCCACGAUCCGUUACUACAUCCUCCCUGACAGCCUGCCAUUGGACACGCUACUGGUGGAUGACCAACCGAAGCCCAAGAACAAGGCGCGGAAGGAGGCUGCUGAUCGCGGUCGCGGCCGAGGCGGUCCCCGUGGCCGCGGAGGUCGCGGUCGUGGACGCGGACGUGGCAGAGGUUUCUAAAGAGGGAGUAGAGUGGGAUAUUGUUACCGGGAUAUUGUGGUCAUUUUUACCUUUUUUCCCCUGUGGCUAACUAUUUUUCCUGGGGUUUUAUGUGUCUCUUUUUAUUAUUCCAGAGCACGGAUGGCAUAAUUGAUUUAUCCUGCAAAAGUGUGCGUCAUGGAGUGUGAUUUUGUUCCUUUAUAUGCGUCGAGGCAUGGCUGGAGAGAAAAAGUGAAUACGGAAGAUUACAUUGAUUCGGCGACUUGCUAUGUUGCGGAACGUUGGCGCGGAGGACAUGCAGACAAUAUGCCCGGCUCUAGAUGGAGGGCCAA